AUACCGACACCGAGUGUUAAACAAAGAUCGACUCAAAAAUUAGUACUAAAGACGUAUUUCCCGGCGGUACUUAAAGUUUGCACGUACAAAAUGGAAAUUAAUUUCAAAGGAAAACGCGCGUUGGUCACGGGAGCCAGUCAAGGCAUUGGCCGAGAAAUCGUCAAAAAGUUAGUGCUAUGCGGAGCCAAAGUUGUAGCAGCAGCUAGGAACAAAGAUCUACUCCUGUCUUUGCAAAAAGAGUUGCCCAGCAUCGAAAUCGUGCAAGUCGACUUGUCCGAUUGGCAGAAAACCGAGGAAACCCUUAAAAAUAUCGGUAACAUAGAUUUGUUAGUAAACAACGCGGGGCUGGCCAUUUUGGGGCCCCUAACCGAAGUAGCUGAAGACGACGUAGACAAAAUUUUUGCCAUCAACGUCAAAGCAGUAAUAAAUGUAACAAAACAUGUGAUUAAGAACAUGAUCGCAAGAAAAGUUCCUGGAUCCAUAGUCAAUGUGUCAUCGCAAGCUUCCGUAAUCGGCUUAAAUGAUCACACUGUAUAUUGCGCCUCAAAGGGUGCAGUCGACGCCUUCACCAGGGCGACAGCUUUAGAAUAUGGGCCCUACAACAUAAGAGUCAAUAAUGUGAAUCCUACGGUUAUUCUUACGGAUAUGGGAAAACUGGGGUGGUCCGAUCCAAAGGUGGCAGGUCCGAUGUUGCAGAAAAUUCCGCUGAGAAGAUUUGGCGAAGUCGACGAGGUGGUCAAUUCUGUAAUAUUUUUACUCAGCGACCUAUCUACGAUGACGACAGGAAGCAAUCUUCUGGUGGAUGGAGGCUACGUGGCGGUAUAAUUUGCAAGAUGUCGACCAAUAUAAUAAAUCGAGUGAUAGGAGCGGAUAUUUUAUUGAUUUGAUUGAUUUAAUUCGUUUCAAAACAAUACAAAAUACAUAAUAAAUAAUAAAUACAAAACGCUGUUUUCAAACACUACAAACAUUUUCAAACCGUUUUUGUAAAUUAUAACACGGUAGUGAAAAAUAAAAAGAAGCGUGAAUAGAAUUUCAAUAUCUGUAUUCUGACCUGCAUACUAAAUUUAUUUUCACGUCCAAGAAU